UCAAUAUUUACGUACUUUGAGAGUCCAUAUGGUAUAUGGUAAGACGAUUAACAUUUAAAUUAGGUCGGAUUAGCAUGGAUUAUAUCACGACAUAAUUCAAGGAAGGAGUUGAAGCGAGAAAGGCUUUGAAUUUUUCGCGCCAGGUGAUGAUCCUUGCGUGAGUCAAACGGACAAUGGAUUCACCGCAAAAGGAUCAACGCACAACUUUGCGGAGCCCCUUGGAAGAUGCUUCAUUUUUCUCCCGUCUAACGUUCUGGUAAUCAGUGUAUUAUAACGUAGAGAUAUCAACUUAAUUAUAAUCUUAAAACUACUGUUAAGCAGGCAUAGCAUUGUAGCAGUUAUUACGAGAUCUGACACUCAACUUUGGGGUUGGAUCGAAAAGCUAAGAUACAAGUAAGCUUUAAUAUCUCGUGAUAACUAUUACGGUUUGUGUUAGAGUAAUUCAAAACUUCAAAUGGGCUAAUUUAACCCACGAGCUGACCACGUUAUGUGUUUUAAUAUCUGUAAUAUAACUGUUAUACAUUUCUGAUACAAGAUGACUGACCAGAUGAACAUAUCGCCAUAUCUAUAAAGCAUUUAAAUUAGGGCUUUCAAUUAUUCGAUUUUUGAUCCCCUUUGUCAUGAAUUGACCAACCUGCGCUUGUGAAAUUUGCCUCGUUCAUGUUACUAAUAUGUUAUUACUUGUACACAGAGUCGUUUUUAAAUCGCAUGAACGAUGUAUUAAUUUGAUAGGUUGACGGUAGCAGAGGUAAAACAAUUUCAGCUGACUUUGUAUAACUUGAAAACGACAUUCCAAACUUAAAUCUUCCAGCUCACGUUGAAAAAUUAUUGAAAAACAGACAGCAGAUCCUUCUUUUUGGGCUUCAAGUAUAUAUAUUUUACAUACCUUCAAAUAUCGAGAAGAUAAUUCAUAUGUUUUUAGGUUGCAUUAUAUUGAUUAGGAUAUUUAGCUUUGUGUAAAUUUACAUCUAUGUUAGUCACCCUGAAGAAGAUCACUGAAAUAUAUGUGAUCGAAAUAUAGGUGGAAAAAAAAGAAGCGGUGUUUGUCAUCAUUUGUGACUGAUUUAAAUUUGUAUUCCUGAGGGCGGGAGAGAGAGAUGCUUGUGACAAGUUGUUUAUACAUUGUAGCUAUUUUGGUAUAACUAAAGCCAUUUAGGAUAAACUUAAUUAAUUGCCACCUGCUGUCAUGACCGUGAUGCAUUUCCACAAGGAUAAAUAAACUUAAAAAACUUUGUGUAGGUGGCAGAAAAUGCUUGCAAUAAACUUUCUGCUGCUAUCAAGGAGAAACAAAACCAUUUUCAUAUAUCAAGAACUUGAAAGAACAUCAUGUGCACAUUAUUUUGAUUAGCCUUUAUGUCCUAUAGACAUUCUCCUUGCUACCAAAAAAUACAAUCAGGGAGAGGUAGGACCUCUCUGUACCCACAGUUAAGCUAUAGGGGAGGAGGAAGCUGAUGUACACAGGUUAACUUUGAUAACAAAAAAAAGGAUCACUACCCUAUCCCCAGGGUGGGAAAGGGGUUUUCCUUGACAUUUGAUCUGGCCCAAAGUAGUCAUGUCAGGCAUGAUUGGGCAUAGCCAGGGUUGUCACUAAGAUUUGUAGUUGCCGGGUAAACACAACAAGUAGGCGGGGAAUCAAACAGCUAGGGAUUUCUUUUGGUUCUAUUUUUCUUCUAUUUUCUAAUAAAAGUAGCCAGGGGCCACUAUCGUAGUAGCCGGGGAAAAUCCCCGGCCCCCGGCUCUUAAUGACAACCCUGCAUAGCAGCGUGAUGCGUGAUUUACUAUUUUCACAAUGUGUGACUUUGAUUUUCCAUUGAAAUUCCCGUGAUGGUUAAUGUCAUUUGAAACUAGCACCAGAGAGACAAUAAAAAUAGAUAGUUAUGACACCAACUUCUUGCCCUUAAGUUCUGUGAUGCAUUAAGUAUACUUUAAGUAUAUUUUAAGUAUACUUGAAGUAUACUUCCCCUUAAGUAUACUUCAAGUAUACUUUCUAGGUAGCAAAAAGUUAUGUACUUAAAGUAUAUUCCUGGUCGAACAAGGGCACUUUGAGACCGCCAUCUUGAUUCUUCACAAUUUUUUCGUCUUUUAUUACGGCUACUGGUGUUUGUAAGAAUUACAUUAAAUAUCUUCAUGAUUCAAACGCUGUGUACAGUGAUGCAGCUGUUUAAGGGUUCAUAUUUUAGUAUGGAUGCUGUUUCAAGGCAUUUCUGACCUAAUUCGGCUAUCGGUACCACGCACGUCAGUAUGAGUUCUGUUUCACCCGCUACAACUGGGUAGAGUUUAUAAGAUUAUAUAUUUUCAAAGCUCUUCCAAUGAAGCAAUAAUUGAUAUUUAGAUAUAGACGUUAAUUCGAAAGUAUGCGCCCUAUAAAAUGUGGUUUUAGAAGUUUAAAAAGGCAGCUUAUUUUUGUGAAAGCUGUACCGAGUAUUGUUAAUCCUGUAAACAAGCUUUAAAAAUAUCAUUCUCUCGCUUACAAAGUUCAGCAGACCUUUUUCGUUCUGGCAAAACAACAAAAAAAAAAGAAUAAUAAGUGAACAACAUAAUACAUCCUUCCUGCAUACUAAGUAUUAUAGUUUCUGAAACCUAUUUUAUUUAGUAAAGAUGAGUAACUUAAGUAGAAACAGUAGCGUUAGGGAAUAAAAUUGGAAGAAUCUAGUUGACACAAAAUUAGAUACUGUUGUAUUGAGUGGAGUAACAUGAUACAAAUAGAAAUAUAUUUCGGCAGUUUGAUAAUUUUCUUGGUAGUUAAUAAAUGUUAGGCUAUCAGCCUUGACGUUGCAUGUAACAUAAUUUAAUUGCAGGUGUUGUAAUAAAGCCGAGGUGAUUUCUUAAAAUCGCUUGAGAAAAUUUUGUAGUGAAACAAUUUGCCUUUUUUUUACGUAUGAAUUGUAAAAGGGCCAAAGACCAACAUCUUCACAUGCAAAUUGUGUGCAUGAGUUAUUUUUAUAAUUCUGUUUACUAGAUUACUGUGUGAUAACUCGAAUUCCCUCACAUACGAACCACGAAAGGGGACAAAGUCCAACACUUUCACGUGCCAGCUGUGUGACUGUACAUCUCAUGCAGAUUGGCUUUUCACAAUGAUAAAUGGUAACUUGAACGUAUGAAGACCUGUUUCGUUUUGUAACCAAUGCCUUAAAAGAGGCUCUUGUCUUUUAAGAAGCAAUAGCUUUUAAAACAUGAAGAAAUAAGUUGUCGGAGUUAAAGACUGUUUCACUGUAGAAUCACACCUGAAAACCUCGUGAAUUAUGAUGAUGCAACCAUCUACCACAAUGAUAAAAAUCCUGGUAUUUCGUAACUAUUCAGUAUUCGAUGAGUCACAUUUUGGCUUAAGAAACUCCGCGGAAACCUUAGAGUUUUCCUUCUAAUCAACGUUUGGUGAGUACAAAUUUAUUUUACUUCAACAAUUUGUUUAACUUGCACCAGAUGUAACAGGGAAAGACAGAGGAAAAUGAAUAUAUAGGUUGAGGAUCGACUCAGCUGAGCGUUUUGUGUUUUCAUUUAUGUAGCGCAAUACCCAAUUUCGCACAAAAACCAAAUCUACAUUUAGGAUGAAAAAGGUAGAUUCAUCACUCUUGGUAAGGUUACACCGAAGUAUUAUAGUUACACUGAAGCAUUCAAAAUAGCUCAUGCACGUUUAACGUGCCUAUGUUUUAAAUAUGUUUUGAUCCCAGCUGGUUUAUGACCUUACCAGUGGGAUAGUCAUGAGAGUACCAGGACAACCCUGCUUCUAUAAGUCAAAGUGUAGGGGUAGAGGUAUAGGAUUGAGGCCUUUUGGUGUAUGAUGAAUUCUGUUUUUAUAGCUGAAUGUACAGCUAAAAUGUUGUAAAUUAUUGGAAGGCGUGUAGAGAUAAAAGCAUUUACACCUACUGAUACACAUACAUGGGUUUCAAUAAGUACGGACGGCCAACAAAAUGUGUCGGCUACUUUGCUCCUAGAGGUCGGCUACUUCUUUCUAGAAAGAAGAAGCAACUAGUUUGAAUAACAUUGUAAUAAAAGAAUAUAUCAUAAAAUCUGAAUUGAAACAUUUUAUUAUUAUGAUGUGUCUUCAUUAAGGCCCACUGGUUAUACUUUAUGCUUUAGUCAUGUGAAUGCUGUAUUUCAGUCAUUUUUUCACAAGUUUCUUUAUCGGUUUACGCAGAAUUUGUGUACGUGCAAAAUUAUGUACUUUAGUUUUCAUCAUUUGUUCAUUGCUUGCAGGAAUUGAUUGUGUGACUGAUAAAUUGAAAGAUACAUUUUCUUGAAUGAGAAACACUCUCUUUGUCCUCAAAUUUAGUCCCCAGACACUGAUAAUAGCAUUUUAGAUAGAUUUUAGGGCUUUGAAAUUUCAAAAUUUUCUGGGGCAGAACAUGCCCAGAGCCCCUCCCCCCCCCCCAUUAAAAAGGGACUAACGGACUCUUGUUGAUACAGUCGGUUACUCUAUUCAAACCUGCUGGCUACUUCAAUUUUUAUUGAAACCCCUGCACAUAUUUAAAGUAACAAACUAAUAUACUUUUGUUUUUAAAGGUGGGUAAAUGGACUGUUCAGUAAAGGUUAUGAUAGGCGACUGGAACCAGGAGACAUGUAUGAUGUACUCCCAGAAGAUUCAGCAGAAAGGCUAGUUUCAGAUUUAGAAAGGUAACCGUAAGCCAAGACUUGUCAUGGAUAUUUUUUUGCAUUUUCAAUGUUUUUUCCUGUCUUUUUUUUAAUAAAAGCAAUGUUAUUUCCUAAUUUAUCUUAAUUACAUACCAAUUAAUUAAUUGGUAUUGAUAAAAAUGAAAAUACACAGCAGUGUUUAAUGUGCAACUGCUUUAAAUAAUCCACAUAUACAGAACUGACUUUUUGGAUUGCAGGAAAAUAUCAACACAUUCCAAGAAAGGUGGUUGUGGGCCAAUCAGCAGCUUGUACAAAAACAAUUAAUUGCUCAAAGCACAAAAUUUAAAUAUUGAUUGCAAAUGGUUGCAAGAAAUCAAAAUUUUAAAUAAAUAUUAGACAAUGGUUUCUAUCCAAAACUUACCAUACAACACCCAGGAGACAUUAUUUUGUUCUACACAAGCUGUUAUUUGGUCAUUUAUUAGCAAUUUCUUCAUUAGCAUAUUGCUACUCUUUGCAAUAACAUGUGACAUCAAGUCAAAAUAUUUCUAACGUGUAUGUUUUUUGUAUCUGCCAAUCAGUCUAACCUACCUCUCAGGGAACAUAAAGGCUUUCUUCAUCAGUGGGUUCAAAAGUUCAUGCCUGAAGAUUUUGAUUUUGAUCCAAACUUUAUGAUUGGCAACCAACUUUCUUGGAAUGUAAUUUAAUUACCUGAUUAUAGUCAACUUUGGGUGCGUUUCUUUACUAAAAUCCAAUCCAGAUUUUUAAUCCGAAAAUGGAUAUUUUGUUCCCUUACCAAAAUCCAUCAUUGAAAUGAUCCACAAUAAUGAGGUGGAUUCUUUGAUCAUGGUGGAGCUCCUUGCAUGCACUUCAUGUGAGUGGGGCCUCAUAGCUUAAAGACAAUUUGGUAAACUAUCCAUCUGAGAAAUUUAGGUUGUGACGUCAGCGUAUGCCAUCUGUCUGUACACUGUUGGGGAGUGGGGGGGAGGUAAUCCGGUGUGCCCAUCGGGGGCGGAGUAUGUUAUAUUUUCUUGGCAAAUCGUGCAAUGCCUUUGGGCAACCCGCAUUUUAGUUUGUGGGAAAUCGCGCAAGAAAUUUUUGUGGCCAUUGUCGUCACAUUCAAAAACUUGUUUACUUUAGGAACUUGUUUUCAAGUAUUUUAUAGCAUAAGUAUUUUGUGACUGCACAUGGCCAAUAAUGCUCAGUCUCUAGUAAACUAUCUCGAAAAAAUUGUUAUGGCAACAAACAGUAGCGGUUUGACAUGGAUUCAACCUAUUUGCCAAGAGCAAAGGGAAAGAGAAAGAAGAGAAAGGCAGAGAGCAAGAAUUAACAGGUGACGAGCUAGCGCAAAUUUUAUGCAGCAUCUGGUGACAGAGUUUUGUGUCAUCUUAUUAUGUUUUAACGGUCUUUUUGCACUGGAACUACAAAAUGAAAUACAGCUGCUAUCAAUUAAGAUUUUUUGUUAUCCUUGGCUGGCUUUUUACUUGAUUUUUGGUUGAGAAAUGUGCUGCUUGACAAAAAGUAGUUGCAAAUCAUUGCUUUCAAAAAAAUAUAUAUAUAUCCAUUUUAACACUGCCAGCUCACACUGCAAGUUUGGCACUUGGCAAAAUUCAGAAGUUGCUGGCUGGGCAGACAGGUGAUUUUGGAAAGUGAAUUAAAAUAAGAUUUCUUCAAAAGUUUUUGCUCAAAGCCCAUUACUAUCGUGCAUGCCACAUAUUAUAGCAGAAUGAUCUGACUGAACGGUCCCGUCUAAUGGUGAAUUCUCUAUAGAAAAACGUUUUAUGUUGUUGUCAUUUUUAUAAUUUAAUUGUCUCUCCGACUAUUUCUUGUCAUUCCAACUCAAGGGUAUAAAUAGAUAGUUAAGGGUCAGCUCAGCUAACAGCUAACAUUCCAGGGCCAAUCAUCUUUUUUUUUUCUGUUUUUAAAUUUCUUUUCCUCAACUCAUGGUUAGAAGAGGAGACUGUAUGGUUAUGAAAGCGGUUAAAAAAGAAUAAAACAUCAAAGAUUGAAAACAACGGUGCUGUAGUUUAUGUUGGUCCAAGCUAUUGCCCGAUGUCCACAUUCCUUUGUUUUUUGUUCACAAGUUGUGACUGUGUAAAUUAAUUCAAUAUCAGUGGCACCCAAUGAGAAUAUAGUUCAAAACCACUUAAACAUAGCAUUGUUAAACCUAUUUUAGUAUUUAAACGGUAGAUAUAGGCAUAUAUCCCUGUAAAAUUUUUCAUCUGUUCGGAUUUCCUAGCUGAAAGUCUAGUGAUCCGAAAAUUAUAGAGAUCAAAACUUACCUUUCCGAAAAUUUCAGCCAGAAAAAAAGGCUCCCGAAAAUUUUAGGUGACCUUUUUAGGGUAAAAAUCUGUAAAAAAAUGGGGAAUCAUACCAUUAAUUGAAUGUUCCAAAAUCCUAGGAGAGGCAAGCAAGCAAGAAAUUUUACAACAAAUGUUCCGAAAACUCUAGAUCUCAAAUCGUCUUCCGAACAGAUAUUUUCUGAAAAUUGACAUUGGGUGCCCCUGCAAUAUGUUUCUAUUGGUCAGAAAGUUAAAACAUGAUAGGAAUGCUAGUGAACCUGCACGAUCAAGUCUCAAAAAGCUAACAAGAGCAUCUAAGAAAGAAGUCUGUUGAGCUUCAAAACCAUUUCACUUUAUUACUUCAGCGAAGCGUGAAGAAAAGGAUCAAAGUUCAGGAAUGUUCCAAAGUUGCUUUUUUUGGGACAACAAGUCUGUAGGUUUUCGGUUUUAUUUGACUAUUUGACAAAGUGAGAGCUGAAUUAGUUCGAGAUGUCUCGAGAUCAAUUCGAUUUCUUUGAUUUAUUCUUUAACUUAUUUGAGGAAGAAAGAAUUACCAUUUUGGCUUGCCCAGGGUUUGAACCGACUCUCCUGUGUGACCUGUCAGAUCAGAGGAGACUCUAAGUUGAUUGCGCCACUGCAACCCAAGGUAGUUUGGGGUAUGAAAAAUAGCUAUGAAAUUAUGCACUAGUUUUAGGACAAGGCUGGGCGCCCAAGUUCGUGACUUUUCGGCUUGUUUUGGCUAUUUCACAAAAUGAGACCGGAAUUACAUGGCUGCGCAGAGACACAAGAUUUCUCUUCGAGUGCUGAAAAACAUUCUACGAGUGAGCGCUCCUUUUGAACUGUUUUAUGAUGAAUUUAAAGUUACAAAAUGCCACACCAAGACGUUUUGUCUUUGUUGAGACUUGUUAUGUAUUAAAGUUGCUGUCAUAAGUUGCGUGACCUUCUCAAACAUUCACCACAUUUUUGGGUCAUUAAUUCAUGUAUAAUUAAUUAGGGCAUGUUUACAUUUCAGCAUGAGUCAGCAGAUUUGCAUCAGUUACUGAAAUCAUAAAAUAUGUCAAAAAGCUACUAUAUACUAUUUGCCUGUUUAGUAUUUUCUAGAACCUUAUGUGAAACAGUAAGCAAGCAAGCAAGUUGUUUUGACGAACUAAGUUUUUUCCCAUGAGCUGGAGUGCUGUGCUUAGUCAAGUGUGACGAAGGUCAAUUCUCAAGUUCGGUGUUUACAAGGUGGUGGAGGCCGUAAGAUAUCUGAAGUUCAAGUGGGAGUUUGUUAUUAUUGGCAGACGCUGUUUAGUUUUACUUAAGUGCAAGUGAAGUUUGUGUUGGCAGACGCUGUUUUAAAGCUCUGUAGAGACUAUGUUACUUUGGUAUUAAACUUCCUUGUGUUAAUCCGACAUCCCUGCGUGUUAUAGUCAAUAAUUAUCCUCAAAACAUUCGAACUGGUAACAUUGAGUUUUAGCCAAUUCCAUGCUCAACGUAAAUUGACUCCUUGCCCACUGUGAUGCCUUACAUAUCUUUAAUCAUUACAUGAGACUAUUAUGCUGUUUUGAAGCCUGAUGAAAAAAAAAACAACAACAAUAGAGAAUCCUUUUUUCACUAUUUGUUUUGUUAGGCUUGUUACUCUCCUCCAGUAACCUCAUAUUUGACCUGGGUCUAAACGUCAAUAACAAUAACCAUUAUAUAAAAAAAUCUUUAUUAAAAUCUUAUAAAAGUCUUAUAAAAACUACACACAAAACUUCUGUAAAAUAUUCAUAAAAAUAAAACGUCCACAUCAAUAUUAUAUAAAUACAGAUUUCCGGCAAAACCCCGUCACAAUUCAGAUAAAUUCUAAGAUACUAAUUAAAAACUAAAUAUAUGUCCACGAUAGAAAACAAUUGUAAAUAAUUUAAGAGUGGGAAAAGGAAAAUCAACCAUUUGCACAUACAGCGAACGCACUGACUGACCAACAGCACUUGCAAAUACAAUUUUUAUUUGGGCGAAACUAAGUUUUAAGUUUUAGGCAAUAAAAAAACCAAAAAAUCGUUUUUUAUCUUGAAGUUUUGAAAUUUGGCUCAGUAUUUUUUUAUCAAGUCUAUCGUUUGAACUAUCAAAAAUGUUUUUAUAUAUUUGUGAAAUGUAUUUUCCACAAAUCGUGCAGCAAAUAAUAGGGAGCCGUAGAUAAAGUUGGAUAUAUGAUAAAAGAAAUCUCCAAGUGUACCUUUCAUGUUCGUAGCACAAUAGAAACUUACAAAAGUAAAAUUUACAUAUGCCAGGUGUAAUUUGAAACCUACCUGGUAGCUAUUGCUUUUACAUGCAUCGUGACUUUUUACUACAGGCAACAGUGACCCAACGUUUUUAAAAGCCAAAUGCUGGGGAAAAAGCCAUGAAAUUAACAGUAAAUACUUAAGGUUUUUCUCAGACUCAAGAUCAUUUUUAGACGAGAAACUUCAACUGCACUGAAGCCAAAGUCGUAAAGGGGAAUUUCAAAACAAGUGCUUGUUUGUUUACCUUUUAUGAGGCCCUGUUAGGGGUAAAUUCCGACAAUUGACAUGGCUUUGAACCGGCGACAGGAGAGCCAUGAACUGGUGACGACCAACAGAUCAGACUAUUGCAACGAGUUAGCGAAAGGGACACCAAUGUCAAGAAAGACCGACAGCAAAUUUGAGAAUUGACAGAAUUGCAUGUGAAUGUCCUGCAGAACAUUUGCGCGUACACUAUUCGGUAGUAAUUUCUUAAUAAUGAUCAAUAAUGGCCAAUAAUGGCUAAUAAGGGUUCAAUAAAGGCAAACAGAAAUACGUCUCAUUUUACUGCUGUUUUGAUUGUUCAUUUCAUUUGAUUGACGUGUUCAGUGCAUCGCUCCCUUUGAGGACUUUGCCACUUUGCAUAUCAUGUUCUCCUCCUUGCAUGACCCAAGUGCACGCUCCAUCAAUCUGUUAGAGAGAUUUUUUUGCUUUAUCGAUCGCGUUCAUCUCGAUGUUCCAAAUGGUAAGCAAGUUAUUGAAAUACAUCACUAUCAGAGUCAUUAGCGAGUCGUCGGAGUGCUGUUGACGGCAUCAGCGGCAUGGGAAAACACAAAAACACAAAAAGGGAAAGAAAAAGCGAGAAAGCCAGUCAUUAUGUUCAUUGACAGAUUUUCUGAAAGAUGUCAUGACAACCUAGGGUUCAACAUCUUUCUCAAACUGGUUGCCACUUUGACACUUGUUGUGGAGAACUUUUCCAGCCAAAUGCACUCCAGAAAUGACAUGCCAACUGCCUUGGAGUUUGCAUAUCUAUUUGUGCCACCAUUCGCGAGUCAUUGAAACAACUCACUGACAAUUGGCUUUGUCUACUACACUUCCCCACACUCUUAUUAUGAAGUACCAUAUGAGAUGAAACUCCCGUUUCGAGACCUGCCUUCUUUGUCUGUUCCAUCGUCAGUAGAAAUGGCAAAAGAUGACCAGAGGUGGAUGAGAGACUGGAGGGACAGCUUUGGUAAACUGGUCCGUCAACUGACUGUUCGAAAUCAAAGUACCAAGGACAAUGUAGGUACACUUCCAUUGCUCGCAUACACAACACCAGAUCAGCCUCCAAGACCAUUAGAUUAUUUCACCACAGACGACCUCACAGCUAGAGAAACAGUGGUCACAGAGAUUGAGCAGGAAGCUGUCAGAGGAGCCAUUUUAUUUGAGGUCAACAGUGUUGUGGUCGUCAAGCGCGACCACGUACGGGGAUACCUGAACAGGGGACCCUUCUUUGUUGCAAUUGUCGUAGCUGAUGUCACCGACAAGGAAGAGAAUUCUUUUUGUGAUAUUGAGUUGUUUGUUUCUUCAUUUGAAGACUGUCUGCUGUUUACUUUGAAUGAAAGUGCACGAAUCCACCGAGAUACUAUCGUCAGUAAAGUGGGGGAAAAGCAUUUUGAAAAAGGGUGCGAUUUUGUGAGGUAUAUAUCAUACAAGACAUUUCUUUGAUACCAAAAUGAUGUGGAAGACCUUUUGCCAGACAAAGAAGGCGGUGAAGAGGACAGCGACCUUGACUCUGAUGAUGAUGAAAACCCAGCAGACUUCGUCCUUGGAGGAAUGCCACUUCGCACAACAUCCGGGAGAACUGUCAUCCGCCCAAAUCGUCUAGACCGUUAGUUCAUUUUUCACAGACUUCUUGAUAAUGUCCUUCCUCCUGGUUUGUUAUAGUUAUGGAAAAGCACAGUCUGACAACUAAAUCAGUGUUUAACUCGGAAGAAACAUUAGACUCUUGCACUAAAAGAAUUUUACAAACGUUAUGAUAGCUCGAGUGUUUUGCCAGAUUAGGCCUCGAUUCACGCCAAGCCAUUUUAAAAAUAUCUCUACACUUGUAUAGUUUACGAAAUGGAAUUUUAUUGACUUGAAUUACUGUUCCAAGUAGUCUGAAUGAAUAUCAAACAUUUAUAAAGGUCUUAAAACCCUGGGCUUAAAAGUACUAAAGAUAGCUAGAGGCCGUAUGUUCUGUUGGCGUCGUUGCAGCGAAUAUGGAUUGUCAGACUGGCAAUGAGCUUGAAAAUUAUUAUUGAAAUUCCGGCAGGCGACAUGAGAAUGUUCUGAAAUUGCGACAUAGCUGGCUGUGAAAUUCAGACGGGGGACACGGGCACCCCCCUUUACAGGGCCUCUUUUAUCGGUGGAAAUACCAUAAAAUUCCGAAAAUAAGCCCCUCAAACUCGUAACGCAAAAAACCCUCCAUUAAAUUGCCCACAGGGCUCCGGAUAUAAGCCCCCGGAGGCUUAUACUUGGAAAGUGCCCUCAAAUACAAAAUAAAACAAAGUAAAAACUGUACAGUAACAUAUGAAUUUUUGUAUUUGCCAAAGAACUAUUACGUCAGAAAGUGUCACAGUUAAUUGCUGUUUGCGUGGUUCCUCUUCACUCUUGGCCUUGAUUUGCUCGGUCCAUCUAGACAAAGUACUUGCAUAGCUACUCUUAAGAAAGGUCUACGUCCUCAGUUUCAGUAAAAACUUUCUGCAAAUUACCGACAUAAAUUUCCUUUCAACGAUAAGCUAGCCCAAUUAAUUUUAAGGCGCAAAUUUCCCUCCAAGUAUAAGCCUAGCCGAUUUUGAAACGCAAACUUCCAUCUGUAAAUAAGCCCCUCCAAAAAUAAGCCCCAACUCAAAAAGGGCCUUUGAAAAAUAUAAGCCCUGGGGCUUAUUUUCGGAAUUUUACGGUAUUACUUUGCCCCUGGCUGACGACCAAAAUUUUACGUUUUUGUUUCACAAGUGCAGAAUGAGCAGGAAAUUUUGUCGUUAUUUGUAUGCUUAAAGUUGGCCAAAGAAUCAUAAGUUAUAGGUGCCCAUGCGGGCUCCUUGUUUGAAAUUUUGGUUGCCCGUGGCAAAUCCCAGGCACCCGUGAGGCAACGACCUUUAAAAAGUCCAGUGAUCCAGAUUUUUGAUCUGAUCUCGGAUUUUAGUAAAGAAACACACCCUUUGUCCAGGCAGCCCUGGUUACAGUACUGCAUGUAGUCGCAGUGAAAAACCAAGUUACCUUUUUUGUUGGUGUUUUAGUGCAAUGAAACCUACUACUUAUAUUAUGUAUGUAUGCUUUGAUUUUAUUUCUUAAAGACUGUGGAACUAAUGCAUGACUUCAUAUUACUUCCUGUUUAUUUGAUUUCCUAUGUCGCCUUCCUUGAUAAUUCAUCAUUUUUUACCAAAAUUUGAAUUACUUUAAAUGUCAAGCAGCCCAUUGUUUGUCAUGAGCUGCUGCAGAUUGGCUGAAAUGCAUUUGGCUUGAAUUCAUUAUUUACAAUAUACUUCCUGUAGUCAGACCUGUUUGAGUGUUGUUUGAUCUUGUUUAAGUGGCCUGUUCAGGUACAAUCAGGUAGUCUCACAUUAAAAUAAUUAUCAAGGGUAAAUAGAAAAGUUCUAUCAGUAGAGUUUAUUGCAGGUGAGGGUAGUUCUUAUGUUAAGUGUUCAGUUAAGUUAGUUCCAGAAUGUGCUCUAUUGAUUUGAUGGUUGUGCUUGAAUCUGCAGUGAGUGGUAUAAAGAGAUAGCUGCAGCAACAUUCUCUUCUAGACAACCAAGCUUUGGAAAUGCAAUGGGACGGUUUGCUAAGAUGCAACUCAUUAUUGUUGGGAUCUUUGGAUUCCUUAAUGUGAGUGUUAUGCUCUUCAUUUGUAUUGUGAUGCUCGAAUGACUACCUCUUAAACCACAUAAUAUAAUCAAUUGAGUAACUGUUGGCCAACAGAUACAUGUAACUGACAGAUCAGUCAACGGGUAAUUUACUUACAGUUCGGAAAUACUGGGUGACAGAUCAUUGCCAACACUGGAAGAAAACAAAUCACAAUUAUUGUCAUACCAAUUUUUGUUUGGUCUUUAAUAGUAAUGGCACUGGUUUUGGUGUUGAAAUGUUGUUAUUGGAAUUUAAUGUAUUAGUACAUGAUUGCAUGCAACAAUUAUUUUAACUAACAUGUACAGCUUACUGACACAACCAACAAAUCACUAUCUAUUGGCUGCCAAUCAGUCAACAGCUGGUCUUAAAAAAUUGCUUUUCACACCAUUUGUGACACAUGACUGUCAGUGAGUAUUCCAGCUGCAUGUUAGCCAAUAUUUCAAUUUGAUGGGACUAAAUUAACUGUUGGCGAUACAAUUAUAAUUAUUAGCCACCAGCUUUCACUUGAGACGCAUAUCUGACUUGCAUUCUGACUUGCAUUCUGCUUAACUGAUUUUGUUUAUGCAGGCUCUUUCUUUACUAUUUUAGGAAACCAUCAGAACUGCUCAAGCUGUCAUACUGUUUUAUCUGGUGUCUUAUUUUAUGUCUGGUUCCAGUAUUACCAAAUUAGAGGCCUACAUUUUUGCAACAGGAUUGACAUUAUCUUCCAUGUUGUCCGUUGUCCUUCAUCAGCUGUACUUUUUUUAUGGACAUAGAACUGGCAUGCACAUGAGAAUAGCAACAACUGGCUGUAUCUAUAGAAAGGCAAGUGUUGAUAUGGGGUCUGAACUCAAUAUUUGCAGUUGUACUUUUCAACCUCGCCAUUAAUAUUGUUGAAGAGGGUGGAAACAGGAGUACGCUUGUAAAUGAUUUAGUUGCCAAACUCUUGACUUGACGGUUCAACUUUCAGAAAAAAAUCUUUGGGCCAGUUGGCCUAAAGUUUUCAUUUUUGGUCCCCAGGACAAGUAUUCUAUAGUCCCCAAAUCUUCAAGAAAAAAUAGAAUACAAUAUGUACUAAAGGUCUAAUAAACCUCAACAAAAUCAUCAAUAAGUUAGAGAAAGUCAUUGCUGAAUAUACAAGGGAAGACUUUCUAAGAAACAGGCUACAUUAGCCCCUAACAGUGGCACUUUUUAUAAAAUUCAUUUUUACAUUUUGAGAAAUGAUAAAUAAUACAACUGAAGAUAAGCAACUAACCAAACAAGUACAACCUGCCUAGAAAUAUACUUGUUGGAGCAUGAUGUUUUUAUUUGACUGAUCCAAAAUAAUAAAAAUAUUAUUUAAAUUUGCAAUACACUGUCAAUCUGUCCUAAUUUCAACCAUAUCCUUGGUUUUCUGUAACUGAUUUAGAAUUACAUGUUUUGAGUUUCAUUAACUAUUGAUUUCUGGUUCGAUUUGUGACAGGCUUUAUACAACAAAUCCUCAAGUAUAAACUGCAGUAGGAUGAAUUUCAGGCUACUUGUUCUAAAUUAUGAACUAUAAGUUUGCAACCUGUCCCAAUGUAAAUUAUCUUUAAUUUGUUCCUCUUUAACUUGUUAUUCACACUUUCGAUUUUUGUCAACUAUUGAUUUUUAGUUCCCUUUGUUUUAUAGACACCUUGUGAACAAAAACGAAAAGUUAAUAGCGUAUCAUAUGUCACAACAUUCUUAAAGACACUUGAAGAAUGGCCUUUAAGGAUUCUCUCCAUUUGAAAACCACAGGUCUGCUGCUUGUGACUGAUUAAAGUGAGUCACAGGAAGACCCGCUGCACAUAUGAGGAUCAGAUCCUCUAUUGUCUCCCUCUCCAGCUCAGGCAGGAACAUAUUUUGCACUUUUGAUGCAGUUUUGAGUGGAAAAUGCAUGUUUACAGUGGGCACUUAAGAUGGGUAGCACGAGGAGACUCUCCACGAGAUGCAGGACAUCUUGAUAGUCACAGGGUUCUCAAUAGAUUUUUAAGUAGGAGGUGAUCACUGAUAAAGUAGGAGGCUCUUCAGCAAAGCCAGAGGUGUCAAAACAAAGCAAAGAAAAGCGACUUAAACACAAAGUAAGCAGCUAUAAAUCCCAAAGUAAGUGGCGAUCAAUCGCCGGGUGCCGCCUUCUAUUGAGAACCCUGAGUCAGUCUUGUAGGGUUCUUUGGUUAGCAUUGUUGACCACAACCUGCUGUAGUCUGACAUAAUUAUCCUGAAACUGUGUCUUCACCAUCAUCUUAAGAGACAUCCACUGCCUUGGCACAGUUUCUAUAUUGCACCUGCCUUUCUUCAAAACAGGCUCAAACCACGUAACUAACCUUCCAAUUUCUUCAGAACCGAAAUCGGCUAAGCUAUUAGUAUCAUGCGGUCAUAUAUCAAAUCAGUAUUGAAAACAAGCAUAUCUCUAAUGAUGGUUCUUGUAGUGGACAUUUCUUUGUUGGAGCUCUCUAGUAAUGUGGCGUCAAGCAAAAUCUGUCCUCAAGUUCUUGUUGGCACAAUGCCACCACUUCUUGUAUCUCGGACUACAAAUAUUUAUUGAUUGGCUUCUUUCUUUGACUAGGAGGACACCUUGAUACUGCCAAUCAUUCAAUCUUACUAAAAAACCUUAAUCGCUAUAGUAUCAGGGUUUUCUUCAUACCUUCUUGGCUGUUCACAAGUAACUGAAAUAGAUUCUAUUUUAUCCACCAUUAAUAAGAUCCUAUGUUGUGUCCCACAAGGUUCUGUUCUUGCUCCUUUGUUAUUCCUAAUCUAUGUUUUCACAACUCUUCAGAUAAAAUUUCUUUUUAUCUUUUUGCAGAUGACACAAAUUUGUUGUCUGCCGACAAAAAUCUCAAAUGUCAUGACGGUCAAUGGCAAACUGGUGAAAGUCUUGGAUUGCUCAAUACAAAUAAGGGAACAUUAAAUGCUAAAAAGUCAAACUUUGUUAUCUUUUGUCCUUACCAACGUAAGAUGGACCAUUCGGUCAAUACUCAAAUGUUCGAUAGUAGUGAUCUUUUUUUUACUUCCCUUGAGUAAAAGGAUCAUGUAAUGUCUUACUGGACAGUCAAUCUGGAAAUACGACAUUGACAAAUGAAUGUAGCACUAAAAAUAAUUAAGUAGAAUUAUUGGAGUUUUUGCCCUUCUUAGGCACCUCGCUCUCUCAGUGACUACUCAAUUAAGUAUUUAUCGCUCUUUGAUACUACCUUACCUGUCCUAUGGUUUGGCUGCUUGGGGUGAAGCUGCUAAAUCCCAUCUACAAAAAAUACUCAUGCUGCAAAAACUUGUCCUUGAGUUGAUGUAUUUUUCUGAACCUAGAGUGCAUGCGGUGCCUUGAUUUUGGAACUCCAUUUGCAAUGAACUCCGUCAAAAACAUAUCAAUGACAUUUGUGUUGCUUUCGUUAUUAGAGGCCAAGGAUGAAUAUGAUAAAGCGCCCAUUCUGCUUAAAAAAAUAGCAAACCAUACAGUUAAAUUGAUGCAGUAGAAAUAGCUUUAUGUAGUUUCGCAGUUAUUUACCAGUAUCUGUUACGAGUGGUUGAUUUUGUAAAUGGUGUUUAUUUACAUUUAAGCUUUAUUUACUUAUUCAUGUAUUUAUUUGUAAUUUUUCCCUGACUGCUGUACCCCUGUCUCCCCACCCAUGUCGACUAGAACCUGCUAUUUGCAGAAAUGGACUUCAUGUAAAUGUUUGUUAAUAAAAUGUGCGUGCUUGUACUUAAAGUGUGUACUUGUACUUAUGAUACAUGUACAGUUUGAAAGAGAUGGCUCAGUUUUUUUCAGUUGGUUUCAAUUCGGUGAUUUGAUUGAUUGUUUGAUUUCUGCCAUUUAUUAAUUCCCCUUUAGUUUAUAGUAAUGGACAUUUCAGUGUGGCCAUUUAGAGGAGUUUUGAUCACUGACUGUGAAAAUCUGAUGCACAUUUAUUAUGCCUUACAUUUCAAUCUCUAAAUACUUUUCACAGGUUUUAAGGCUUGCAAGCCAAGGAUUGUACAGUAGUGUUUCGACUAAUCAACAAGCAGUCAACUUGAUAACAACAGACACACAGAUCUUUGAUCAAGUAUGGCAUGAUGAUGUGUUUAGUUAAUGGUUUUAAAAUCUGUUUCAUUUUGUGUAUGCAUGUGCGUCUAUUUUUAGUUAUAAAUAUUUUUCUGCUCAAGAUGAAUACACAAGUAGGUUGAGCAUGAUCUUCCGGGUAAAUGUAGUCAUAAAUAGGACUGUUGUUGACAGUGACUGACGUUUCGACUAACUUGUCCGGCAGUCAUCUUCAGAGUCAAAGUGAGUUGUAUCAUAUGUCAGUUGAUGGUAUUAAACUCUAGUCAUUGCCUUGAUUAUUCAAUUAAGUGGUGAUGUUAUUGGUUGUCUGUCAUUUAAACUGUGAUGUAAUUGGCUAUGAACACUGGGAAUGUCAUUGGUGCAUUUUGGUCCGUCUGUUGCAUACCUGCCAACUCUCCGGGAUUAUCUGCGGGAGUCGUUACGGAUACGGGUCAAAAAUCUCCUGGAUAAAAUCGAGUUAUGAGCUUUACUGUGCUUUAAUUUGGAAUUUCUCCCAUUUUCUCCCAAAAUUCAAUCUUCUCUGAUUCAAAGUUCAGUUCCUAGGGCAUUUUUGCACAUACUUCAUCACUGACAAAGAUAAUUUAUAAUUAUAAUUCUUAAUUAAAAAAGCUAAUUGUAAUGGUCUCUGUAACUCAUGUAAGACUUCAUAGAAUGUCCUAAGCCAAUUAGGGACUAAAUCUAAUUGUGCUUAUAUUUGGGGGGGGGAGGGUCGGGGUCAGGAGGUUGAUCGUUUAUAUUCGGUGGGGAGUAAUGCAAAAGAAAGAGUCUCCAGGUUUUAGAUUUCCAGAGGUUGGCAUCUCUGCUGUUGCCACAGUAAAUAGUCGUUUAUUGUUAGUCAAAUCAUCAGUUGUCCAGUCAUUCUUUUGUACUUAAUUUUGCUUGAGUCAAAAGUUGUUUGUACAGUGCCGAUAACUGUUGACUACAAUUCAGCAGUGUUUGUUCUCAAGUAAACCAGCUUUCUAAAGUGAGUCGUUGAUAGUAGUCUGUAGAAUAGAUAUAGGUAAUACAUGUUGCAGAGUCUCAGUCAAUUUGAUGUUGCGUAGAAUGUGUUAAGCAACAUGAUUGUUGAUGUCAUCAUUUCUUGUCACUUGUUUGUGUUCAGUCAGUCACCUGCAAUGGUUUCUGCCGUUUUCACCAAAGUAAUUAAGUGACAUGGCAGUCACAGCAUUUGAUCUUGCAUGCUGCUCCCUGUCUGUCGUCUGGUUUUUCUUUGUCCUUAACAUUAGUAAGUAGUUAUCAUAAAGUGGUUAUUGGUUUGUGUGCAAUAUGCAUAUGCAUGUUGUUGCAAUUAUGUUGUUAAUAGUAAACAUGCCUCUGAUGUACGGUAUAGUCGCUGUCAUAACAGGGCCAGAGUUAAUGUUGGUCUGAGUGUUGGAAUUGGUGUUACUGUGAGUGUUGAAGUUGUUUUUACUAAAAACGUUGUUUAGAUAUAUAGUCAGUCUCUGGUCAGUCUCAUCUUGCAGGCUGUCAGGCAAGUGGCAAACUACAAUCCUGGUCAAAACGUUUGGGACACUGUGCGUUUUAGGUGAGGAAAAUGUUAUUCAAGUUGACUCCCCUCCCCCCUGAACAGUGUUGGGUGUUACAAGUCAAACACCUUUUACAUAUCUUGUACACUUUAUGGACCUCAACUUCGUUUAGCGGGGGUGGGGGAAAAUCUUGUUAAGGCGGUGUUUAUGAGUAUGUAUCAUAGGUUAGCUGCAAGUUCCAUACAAGACCAAGUGAAAAAGGGGAGGUGUCCCAACACCUUUUGGCCAGGAUUGUAGUUGUGCUCGUCUUGUCAAACAACACAGUCACAGUCUGUAUAGUUCUAGCUGUGUGAAAGGUUGGGUGUAUAAUGACUGGUCUAGUAAUUUGUCGGUAUGUGUUGGUUUUCUGUGAAUUAUCAUUCCUAGUCUGUUGUUGUCGCAAGUGAGCAAUUAAGCAGUCUAUAGAAAAGGUACAAGGAACAGUACAAACUGUGACUGCCAGGCCACUUACCUGACAAGCAAAAUUAACUACGAGAGAAUGACUGUAUAACUGAGAGUUUGACUAGCAAUAAACGGCUGUUUAAGGUAAUUCCCUUGUUUUGCACUGUGCAUCAUGCUCACCAACUGUGCCAGGGGCGGAUCUAGGGGGAGGGUGCAGGGGGUGCGCACCCCCCCCUGAGAUGACCUGCGGUUUUCUAAUACAACUGGUAUUCUGUAAAAAAAUAAAAACUAUGUGGUUUAUUGGUGUUGAAGUAGAGCAAGAGACGAGUGCACCCCCUCCUAAAAAAAAUCCUGGAUCCGCCCUUGUGUGCAUAACAAUUGCAACAUCAAAUGGGGCGGUAAUUUGCGCUGAUUGCCUGAAGAGAGAUAACAAUGGCCUCUUUUUUUAGCCAAAUGGUUUUAAUAGCGAUCAUGAUAACACUUCACUGCUAAAAAGGUGCUGGUCUUGAAAUGUGCCUGAGUCUCCUCGUGCAAAACAAUCAACUGAAGCUGAACCUUUUCCUUUGUUGCCUUCUUUCAAUGAAUUAAGAAACUCUGCAUUUUGAGCCACAGAGAGGUAUGAGAUAAUGUUCAAACUGUCCAUUCUUCUACACUUUUUAAAAGAUCAGGUAAUUUGAAGUAACUUUAACUGAAAAAUUAUAGCCCAGAAAAACAAAUGGGCCCAAGGUUUUAUUAAGAUUAUAGUUUUUGCCAUAUGAUAAGAAUUUUUAACAGUUGUUCAACUUUUGCAUAUUUUACACGCAUUUAGGAAAAAACACUUAGCAUUACAGGCUCGCAGGGUGAAAACAAGCUUGGUGACCCUAUCUUUUUAUUGCAGUUUAUCAAUGUCCUAUGUAUGACUUUCAAUUAUGCCAAGUUUGAAAAAAAUCUGGAUAGUACAUCCGUUUCAAAAGAAUUAGCAUGUGACAUUAGAUGCAUCGAAACUAAUAUCACGACAUGAAAACCGGCCUACUUCCAGGUGUUGAAAAUCCACAUUCAUUUGAGAACUUCGAACACGACUGCAUAGGCUUGGUCACAUGACUUAUAGUGGUUUGCACUUUGAGGUUUAUGCUAAAAACCUGCUCUGUGCCAAAUGUCUCUUUAGUCAUUAAUU